AUACUAUUUAAUUUACUGCGAAUGUCUCAAAUCUGCCGUCCUGCAUCUGCUUUGUGAGCUCCUUUUUUCCCCACGGUUAAAAGGUUAGAUAAAUAAAUUGACGACUAGGUAUUUGUUGUUGGGAGACCGAGUAACCUAAGAUGACUGACAUUGAUGAUAUGCCUGAUGAAAUCCUUCGCAAGAUACUCUCCCGACUACCACCCAAGCCAAUGGGGCAGUCCCGAUGUGUAUCCAAACGUUGGAAUCGUCUGAUUUCAGAUCCCUCUUUUAUGAUGUCAAGACCAUCAUCAAGGCUCACUCUAUGUCGUCACACAUCAGAUAGAUAUAAUCCUAUUAUGUUUAUCAAGAUAUUAGACGGAAGUAAUGGUUCAGUUACAAAUGUAGAGUUUUCAACGUUCAAGGAUCUUCCCACUAUGAGAAACUGGGAUGAUAGAUUUAUAAAAAUUGUCGGAACAUUCAGUGGAAUUAUCCUGUUGGCUGUUAAGGAUUUAGCUACGUUUGAUGUUUACAGAGAAAGCUCUUAUGAAGAGCAUAUCAUCUUGUUUAAUCCGUUUACCGGUAUUCAUGAGAUAUUUAAAGAUCCGUAUUCCCCUUUGCCUGGUGGCCUCCAUUUAUACGGAUUUGGUUAUGGUGCAGCCCCAGAUGAGAUGAAACUUGUUAGAUUUAGAAGGUUUAGAGUUUCGGGGAACAUUACGAGUUCUUGUGAGGUAUUGAAUCUUAAAACUCGUUCAUGGAGCAAACCAGCAAUCACUAUUCCAGAUGGUCACUUUGAAGGCUAUAUAGGUACCUUUCUUAAAGGAUAUUUGUAUUGGAUGAUUUCUUCGAAGAUCAUGGCACUCGAUGUUGACAAGAUGGUAAUUUCAUACCUACAUCAACCUGAUUCAACCAUCGAUAAAGAAAGUUAUUUGGGUACGUGUAAUGGACGCCUAUGGAUGAUCACGAACACCGAUGACAAGACUCUCAAUUUUGAUGUGUGGGUAAUGAAGGAACAAGGCGUUGGUAACUCAUGGUCAAAAGCAUGUUCUUUUGCAGUAGGUUUGGAACCUCCGACUUAUUUCUCUUUAUCUCAUAGUAUCGAAAUCACCGAGGACGGAAGAAUUAUUGUUUUUAUAAACAAGGAUGACUAUCGACAUAUGUUUAUUUACGAUACAUCCAAAAACUCGUCUAAACUGCUAGAGUGUCAAGAAGGAGAAGAAGAAGGAGAAGAAGAAGAAGAAGAAGAAGUUGAAUGGGGUUUCAAAUACAAGGAAAGUCUCAUAUCGCCUAUAAAUAUAUGUCGUGUUUGAUAUCUCUUCUGGAGCGUUAUCUUCUACUGGUACUGUUAUAUGAAAUAGUCUUUGUCUUUGUGCUGAUGUGAGGGGCCAACUGUUGAUCCAGAAGUAGAGGCAAUAUCCAGGCUUGAUUAUGGUGCUGCAAUGGUCUUUCUGGCAAAAAGAUUACUCAUAGCUAUUAUUAAUAUACCCACAUGUUGGGAUAAAGUAAAUAAACAAUGUUUGUAAUGAUAUUCAAGUUAACUUUAAUUUGAGUUCACCUUACUAGUUUCAAAA